AGCAAGCACCCGCGUCACGUUGAGGAUUCCUUCGUCUCUGUCUUUGUCUCUUUCUCUCACUCUUUGCUUUUCCUCCGGUCGAAGCAAGAGAUGGACUCCAACACUAUCGUUUCAUGGCCCAGGAUGUCAGAAAACAUUGAGGGUUUUGCUCUCUCACCCAACAAAUCCGAAGAGGUUCAUGUUUUAGCAGUUGAUGACAGCCUCGUUGAUCGCAAAGUCAUCGAACGCUUGCUCAAAGUCUUAGCUUGCAAAGUUACUGCUGUGGAUAGUGGGCUGAGAGCACUGCAAUUGCUUGGACUAUUGGACGAGCAGAAAAUUCCCUCCGAAACUAAUGGUUUUGCUCAGGGUUUAAAGGUGGAUCUAAUUAUCACAGACUACUGCAUGCCUGGAAUGACAGGUUAUGAGUUACUGAAGAAAAUCAAGGAAUCGUCCACUUUCAAGGAAACUCCAGUGGUGAUUAUGUCCUCUGAAAACGUUUUGCCACGCAUAGACAGAUGUUUGGAAGAGGGUGCAGAGGAUUUCAUAGUUAAGCCAGUGAAGUUAUCUGACGUUAAGCGUUUGAAGGAUUACAUGACAACAAAGGAGGCUAAGGUUGAAGGCCAAGACAGGGAAGGGAUCCUCAAAAGGAAGCUCUCAGACACUUCUGAAAUGUCAUCAUCAUCACCACCGUCUAUUUCCUCAUCAUCUUCACCCUCAGUGAUUCACUCUCCCAUCAGACGGCUUAAAAUGACCAGCACUGAUUGAUGUGUAUAUAUAUAUAUAUAUACACUAUAUACACUCAGCAAUUUCCGUUUUACUUCUCUCAUUCCUCUAAACACUACUAUGUGUAUUUCUAUAUUAGAGUGUUUUGUUGUUGUUUGAUUUCCUCUUUUAGGGUUUAAUCUGCAAUUACCUUCCCGUUAAAUGUAACGGUUUUUGUUGCGCUGCCCUUUUUGUUAUCUCUCACUAAGUUAUUUUAAUUGUUUACACGAAGGUCGGUUAAUAAA